CAGACGAGAACACGGUGUCGAAAAAACUCAUUACCUUUGGACUUACAUAGACUUGAAACUGGAGCCACCAUGUUUCGGCGAGUAAUCGAUAUCCCCAGACUGAUCUACAUGCUGGCGGCGGUCGUCGUGCCCUGUCGGGCCCAAUUCUACCCUUUAGUCGGACUAGGACCGGCUCCGAAUCCCGCUAAAUUUCCGAGUGCAGUGCCACGCCUGGUGCUCUACAACCCCUUUAGUGGGCAGCAGCUGGAGCCGCUUCGGUACUCGGCCCUUUUGCAGGACAGACGAAAGUCCGUGAACGGAAAUAUCGUAGAGCUACCUCAGCUCUGGCAGCCCUGCUCCUGCGCCGAGUUCUCCUGCCGGUGCUGCAUUGGCUUGGCUCUGGGCUUUGGCGAAUCAGACAACCAGCGGUUGUGCGCCGCCAUCGACUACAACCGGGCGGACCUAGGUCUGCGCCUCAGCGUCGAGAUAAACCAGCGCAACGUGGCAACCUUCGGAUUCUCAGCUCGAAAUCCGCCCGAAUACUGCGUGCCGCUGCCGCUCUCGAGCUGCCUGAGACUAUAUGACAUCCGUACCUUCGGCGAGGGCAAUAUGCAGGUAUGUCUGUCGGUGGUCUUAAAGAUUCUGGCCAGCCAGUUCUUCGAGUACCGCCUCAGCUGCCUGCGCUUUGGCGCCAGGGGAGUAUUUUUCGUUCGCGACGUGUCGCAGGAUCAAGGGCAGGGACAGGAGGCACUGGAGCAGCGGUCUAGAUCCGAUGCGGGUCAGGAAGCUGGCAGACAGAAGCAGCUUCAGUUUCUACGCUAGAUGAUUUUGGUCUUUCCCUCACGCGCUUCAAAUUGUAAUCAUCCAUGCAUGCUUGGAUACUUGUUACUUGUUAAGUGGAAAAGUUAAAUUUAAGUUAAUUAAAAAGCCUUUAACUCUAAGACCGCGCCCAGCAGCACAGAUCCCAUGAAAACGGCAAAAAUUGGCAGAAAACUGGGCCCUCACUUGGGAUUGUACUGACGAUGAUGCAACUGCCUUAGAUCUUAUCGCACAUAUGAAUGUACCAACGGAUGUAAUCGUUCUUUAAAACAUUUUGGUUACCGAUCGCGCACACAGCAAUUACUUCUCUGCCCGCCCACUAAUUCAAAUGGAGAGUGAGAUGCGACGGCCCUCCAACCAUUUAGGCUGCAAAUGAUAAUGAAGUGGCCAAGGGGUCUUAAAUAACAAAUAAUAUUAUCAAGCCUGAGUAUCCUAGCUUGCGCAGACUCGCAACUAAAAGAUAGGAUAAUAUUUUUGUUUGUUUGCUAAGGGUAUAUUGAUUUUAGCCAGUGGUUUGGGCAGUUGCGACCUGUAAAGUAUAUUCUGGUUCGCCCGUCUGUUCGUUUCCAACUUUCCCAAAAGUCUUAUUUUUAUUGCAAGUUGUAUAGAAGUCGGAAAGGGUCGAAUCGGAACACUACCAUAAUUAUCAUAUGAUGAUGAUUUAUUAUAGAUGAUUUUAUAUAUAUAUAACUACU